GAUGAUCAAUACAUAGAUUCUAAGAACGUGCAGAAAGUGUUCCAUUGGUUACGAACCUCACCCUCGUACCUGAAACCUAUUGUGUGGUCUCUCUCCAUGCGCAUGCAGAAGACUCGAAGCUGGGUGGUCGCGCUGAAAGGCUUGAUGCUCAUACAUGGCAUUUUCUGCUGUGACAUCCAGAUGGUGCAACGGAUGGGGAGGUUACCCUUUGACCUCUCAAACUUUUCUGAUGCCCAUUUGAGCACCGAGAAGGCUUGGGAUUUCAACGAUUUCAUUCGUGCUUAUUUUGCGUAUUUGGAUCAAAGAUCGGCGUUCGUAUCCUCCGAGGUUAAAAAGCUAAAGAAGAAUAAAAAGGAGAAGGAGGUGGAGGAGACGUUGAUGGAAGAGCUUGAGGGUUUGCAAAAGUUGCAAGGGUUGGUUGAUAUGCUUCUUCAGAUCAGGCCUCGGAACGAGAACAUGAAUGUUGGUUUGGUUCUUGAAGCCAUGGACUGUGUUAUAGUUGAGGUUUUCGGUGUGUAUAGUAAGUUUUGCAACAAGAUUGCCAAGGUUUUGUUGAGGAUAUAUGAAAUGGGUGGGAGGAUGGAAGCGAGUAUUGGCCUCAAGGUUCUUCAGAAAGCAUCGAUUCAAAGGGAGGAGUUGUCUUCGUUCCUUGAGUUUUGCAAGGAUAUUGGUGUCCUCAAUGCCUCUCAGUGCCCCCAAAUUGAAAGAAUUUCUCAGGAGGAUAUUCAAGAUCUUGAGAAAAUAAUCAAUGGUGCCUCUUCCAACAAGAAGGGUGGUGUUGCGGCAAAUGAUGAGGACAAAGCCAUUGUGGUAAGAGAUUGUUCUGCCAUUGCACCUGUUUCACACCAGAAGGAGUCAGAGAAGGGUUUGAUGACCAUCAUCACUCACCAAUGGGAGGUUUUUGAUAAUGAUGAUAAUGUGAUGUUUGGUGGUAAAGGAAUGCACACUGUCUCUGGUGAAAAGGAUAUUCGCAACACAACCAAUCCUUUUGAGGAAUCAUAUCACAUUGUGCCUUAUGUUUCUGCUCACAAUCAACCUCUUCCUGAUCUAAUUAGUUUUUAG